AAAAGGAGGUUUGCACCUCCUGUUGUCAUAUAUUAUCGAUUAAUCCUGGAAAACAAAAAUAAUACCUUACAUGAAGUUGAAGAGACGUAUCACGGAGAGGUGGGUUCUCACAUGAGAAGGAACAAAGUCACUAAGCUAAUUCCGAUGAACAAUGAACCAUUCCGGAAGCGGUAAACGUCAGGCGAAGGUUUUGGAAGAAAACUAUUGGGACUGCAGUGUCUGUACGUAUCGUAACACAGCCGAAGCAUUCAAGUGCCUAAUGUGUGACGUACGCAAAGGUACCUCCACGCGGAAACCGCGAAUAAACCCUCAAUUGGUGGCGCAGCAGCGUAACGGUCGACAGGUGGCCCAGCAACAAUACGUGCCGCUGCUGAAGCCCGGCAAAAAAGAAGGCGGCAGCGGCUCGUCAACCACGAGUGGAGGGGGAGGCAGUCUUAGUAAGGACGGCCGGCAUAAACUGGAUAAACCAAGGCGUAAAUCGAGACAUCCGCCACGACUGAAGAACAUCGACCGCAGUACAGCCCAAAGCAACGAGGUAACAGUAAACAAUGUCACGGUAGUCAUUACUGAGUAUAAGCCUAAGGUGAAGAAGGGCAGUAGUGACCAGUCUGGAUUAUCCAGCAGUGCAUCUUCUGAAAAUGGUAGCCAACAUGACUCCAAUCAGGACUCAAGGAGCUUAGAUAUUGGCACCGAUGCUUGAAAGAAAAGUUGAUAUAUACACAGUGCCUCGUUAUGAACGAUGCAGGAAGGCUCAAAAGAGUAAAGUCCUCAGACGUUCGUUAAAGCUUGUGCAGAAAAUGUGUUGUAUUAUGUGUUUUGACAGUUCAUAUUUCGAUGAAUUAGAAAGAUCUGCAGUGAAAAUUCAGUGGAAGCUAGAUUUUUUAUUUGUAAAUUAAUGUAUAUCUUCAUGCA